AUGGAUGAUGAAGAUAUCAUGGUCCCCGAUUCGCCUGACGAGGCCGUAAAUUCUGUCUACGAUAAACAGCGCGCCUCUCUCCAAACAUAUCUCGACUCGUUACCAUACGAAUGUGAGACAGUCGAGGAUAUGCAAGCUCGUCUAGAAAAAAUUGUGGAGAAGAUUUAUAUAUGUGCUAAAGCAAAGAAUUGGCUAGUACUAAGCACUUGGGAUGGAAUGCUUCAAUGCUGGCUUUUGAUGCGCUACCCUAUGGACACUAAUACUCGAGCAAAUCUUGUGCGCUUAUACUACGAAUUGUGUCUUGUGCCAGGGGUAGAACCUCGCGUUCUGCGUGGUUGGGCCGAUAUGCUGUCUCGUUUGCUUUCCAAUAAACCUGGCAUGAAACGUAAGCUUGAAGCCACAGAUCUACAGCUUCAGUGGCAGCCUCUCUGGCGUGUUUUACAGAGGGAACUAUGGCCGAAGUCAAGUCUUGAGGAAGCAUCACGAAACUUGGUCAAUAUCUUGCUUUACGUUGCUGAACAGUGUAAACGGUAUUACCCAUCUUCUGAGAUUCCAGUUAUGCUGGAAACAUUUUUGCCAAUGUUAACUAAAGAAACUAUAUUGACAAUGGUCCCUGUAUUGACAUGCUUUUUACCUCCUACUCAUUCACAUCUCUACAUGCCCUCGAUCUUUAAGAUUUGGGAGGCAUUCAACUCAGCCAUAAUUGACGAUCGAGUAUUGGAAUUAUGUGGCGAUUUAGCUGAAGAACAUGUUUCAGGGCUUUGCGGUGAUGAUAACGACGGUGGUGCUGUGUGGAAAGAUGUAGGCAUUUGGACGGAGGCUGAAUGGAACACGCUUAUGGGCAAAGGCCUUGGCUCAAUGAACGUUCCGGUUGGUGCGAUGAGGGGUUCCUCAAAUACAUCUCAACACGCAGAUCUUUUGGACAAGAGUGGUUCCAAGAUCAAGAAGUCCAUAAGCAAGAUCAAUGCCCUUGCAAGAAUACUAAUAUAUUCUAUGAGAAUUGAUGGCGACGUUCGUCAAGCAACCCCAACUGUCGAACAGUCUAAGAUGAAAGAGGGAAAGCUACCUCAGCAAACUGGAUAUAUCGCUGGGUCAAAGGCAAUGGAUUCAUUAGAUCGCAUGCUCACAAGCAUCGAAUCCUUUUUUCAUCCUUCAAAUACAGGGGCAUGGUCACUUUCCUUGACAACAUUGAUCCAACGCUUGGGAGCAGAAUUUGCCAAACGAUGGAAGGAAGAGGAAGAAGAAUCCUGCAAAACACCUAAUAUGCAUCGCUUAACACCGGCGAUUCGACGAGCCUUUGUCAAUUCCCUCAAGACACCCGCCCUUCUGGCAAUGUUCUCCAAGGACCCUGUCUGUAUGAGUUAUGCACAAGGCUCGCUUCGCACAUUGGCAACCCUUGAGCCAACAAUUGUGAUGCCAGAGCUCCUAGAACGUGCAUACGGCGGCUUAGAAGUCGUUAACGAAACGCAUAGGACGACAGCCAUGCUGAGUAUGCUCUCAGGAAUUUCACGCCCAUUAGUAAAUGAACACGUAUGGCUUGGGGGUCAAAAACACAUAGUCCCAUUAUUGGAACUCUGCAUACCGGGCAUUGAUUUGAACGACCCUGUUAAGACCGUUUGUGCGACGAUGUUUAUCUUAUCAGUUGUGCAACAUAUCAAAAUCGGUGACCUCUCUCAGUCCGGUUUCUCGUUUUCUGACGACGGGCCUACGGAUGACAUGGACGUAGAUGAUGUCGACCAUCUGCCUGAAGGUACCGAGCCAGGAGACACUCCUCAAUUGAGUAGAGCCGAAGAGCGAUCGCUCGUUCGUGAUAGCACGGCCAACUUUGCGGACUGGGUUGUAUCACUCUUUCGUCGAGUGUUUGCGCUCUAUGAGAAUCUGCCAGAGGAAGGAGGCAGAAAGAAUACCACUGGGGGCAAACAAGAAGAGAGUGUACUCAAAUCUAUCAAGAGCAUGAUGGACGUCGUUUGCUUGCAGCUUUCUGACCAGUUAUUUGACCUAGUGUUAAAUCUCGUUUAUGAUUAUGCGACAACAAAUGCCAAAUCUAAUGCUGUUCGUGCUUUCGGUCAACUCAUCGCCUGCCUUGCCCGUGUUCGCCCAGAAAAAACGAUGGCCAAGUUCCUUCCUCAUUGCAUUUCUCAGAUAGAGGAGGAGUUGAAGCACGGUGCAUCCAGCAUUCGAACUACCUCUACUCAUGCGGCAGUGCCCUCUGAUACCACUUUACACUGGAACAUGGCUAUACUCCGUGGAUGUCUGGGAUAUGGCGGGGCUGCUCUUCUGGCCCAUAGGCAACAGAUACUUGAUUUACUCUCCCUUUUGGUGGAGAAGACUAAAAGUGAACGCGGAUACACCGGUACUGGUCGGCUAAUUACACGCAUACUGAGCACGCUAGGCAGCACCUACCCCCUAAAUGCGCGUUUUGUCAAUACAAAGGAAUGGGAGGAUUCUAAUUUCAACAAGAACCACUCUGUUCACUGGGGAAGACUAUACGAGCCGCAAGAUGUAGUCAUUGAAUGGCAUGUCCCCAAUGACGAUGAAAUUGCAUUUGUGCUAGAGAUCAUUGAUCGUAUAGGCCAACCAGCAUUAAAACUGGUAGAGUCAUUAUUAGAGACCAGUGGCAACUGGGACAACGUCGCUCGCAACGAUUUCUGUCGUUAUCUUCAUGCCUGCCGAGCUAUCUGGGGCGGUUUGUCUACCUUCGUGAAAGAGCAACCCAAAGUUGUCGUGAACUCUUGCAUCAAGACAGAUAUAGAGCUUCCAGAACUACUGGUGGCACACCUGGACGUCAAAGCUGGAUUUACCCUGACCGAUCCUAGCGAUUCACGAUUCCAAAAGUAUGUUUUAUCGAGAGAGAAGUUUGGUCGGACGGUUCUCCGUGGUGCUGCCACUUUCAGACAGACAACAAACGGCGAGGAUCAUAUUGACGCUGUAAUUGGGAUCACCAGAGCCAUUGAUACAUACCUUCUGACUUACGGCUUGAGCCGAAGCGAGUUUGAUUCAAUGCAAAAGAAUUAUGCUCAGGCUCGAGACUUGAAUCGCUCAUGGGUAAGACAGAAGGACAACUCGCGUAUGGUGUUCAUCAAGCGUGCCCAUGUUUAUCACAGCGGGCGAGUCUAUAUGCACGCCCUAUAUCGACGUCGAUCUGAGUUGGAUGAUCAACUUCUUCAAGAACUUGUGGAAUUAUCACUUUCUCAGUACACGCGGAUUCGAAGGCAAGCUCAAGCAGUACUUCAUAAUGUCACUGGAUAUUAUGUUCGUUCCACGCGACUGAUCCUUCCAACGCUCUUCAAGGCUCUUGAGAAAGGGAAUGAUCCAGAUCGAAUGAAAGGCUCUCUCUACAUUUUGUGGAAUAAAGGCAUAGCUGCAUAUGCAUUGGCUGAUCAAAGCUUCCACAAGCAAUAUCUUAUGUCACUUCUGGAAUGUCAACACGAAGAAAAGCCGUCCAUUCAGAAGCUAGUGACCAGCCUCUCUCAAGACUGCGUAACUCACCUAAACGAAGAGGCCACUCAUACCGACGCAUAUGAGUUGGAUACCCCCCGUCUAGACGACGCUUUAAGAGAGCUCGAAAGAAACUUUUCUUCAUCGUUUAUCAACCAUGACCUCUUGAACUCCGCGCUCCAAAAGACACAAGUACGAGCAUCGAAGCGCGAAAUUUUGUACAUCGACACGGUUUCAUCCAUACUUCAACUAGCAUCGAGGCCAACAACUCAUUGGCGUUACCUUCAAUCUGCGGCUCGUUUCUUGUAUGGCCUGUUGCGAAGGGACGCAGUGCCAUCACCAGAUCUUUCAAAGUUCUUCUUGAGCCAAACAAUCAGUCCGCAGCCAACCAUUCGUGCCAUUGCUCAAAGAGCCAUUGUCAAGCUCCUUGUAUUCAUCAAAAUAAGAAGCUUUUCCCAUUCAAAGGAAGCACUUUGGCUAGAUGAAUGGACAAACCCUUUCUCUAGGAAGGUUCCAAUUGGCGACCCUGCUCGAUUUUUAGAGAGCCUCCAGUAUCCCGCUCAAGAUAAUGGCUUCUAUCUUGAUAAGAUCAAUACUGGAUUUUUGACGUGGACGCCCACCGUCAAAGGGUACAAAGUUGUUAACGAUAAGGAUGGUGAUUUGUCAUGGGAAGCUAGCUCAUUAGCUGCUCUUAAUGCAAUAAAGGAAGGUGUCAGGAAAGAAGGGUAUAUUGAGCAACUCUCCAUUUUAUGGGGCCAAGAAUCUAGCAAGGAAGGAGGCUCUUUGGAUUUCCGCGCAGAUAAUGUCCUUUUCUUCAAAUAUCUAGCCAAAAUCUUCGGCAAUGAUGGACUGGAAGAUAUUCUGGCGGUCGUUGACCCUCUUCUGUCUGACGCUGAUAAAUAUAAGCAACGUGCCGGUGCUGAAAUUCUAGCAGGUAUCUUACGUGGAUCUAAACAUUGGACGGCAUCAGCAUCGAAUAAACUAUGGACCUGGACGACCAGCAGGCUUAAUCGGAUUGUUUCACAGAUCAAACCGGAGACGCUAUCAUUUUGGGAAACUAUCUUCCAGAAUCAACUGAUGAAACGCGAUCCUCGAAGGAACCAACCUUUAGUUGAUUGGAUUUACGCUCUUCCUCUGGAAUUCAACGGAGAUUCAGCAUUUGAAAUGACAAAAUCCUUGAGUCUGUUCGGCAUUCUUGUUGAUAGCCUUGGUAUCUAUUUCAAUCCCAAAGCCGGCACAUUUGUUAAGUUACUCUUCGACAAUGCCAACUCCAGUUACGCGGAAAUACGACAACAUGUUUGUCAGGGUCUUUUUGUGAUUCUCACCAAUCAAUGGCAACCGUGGUAUCCCAGUACAGAAGCGUUCUUGACUGCAUGCUGCGAACAGAAGGACCCAUUGAAAAUCCGGCCUGAGAUACUUCGCAUGUCAGAGCUGAACGACAGUUCCGAUCUUCAAGCCUACAGCUCAGCUGUCCUUUACGUCCUCUCUGCGGUAACUCUACCUGUGGAAUACAUUGAGACAAUUCUUGAUAAUUUUGUAACUGCCAUUAAAUCGUCAACGUCCUGGAGAAUUCGCUUGAACGCUUUGCCUACUUUGGUUGUAUUUUUCUACCGGAAUCUUCUAUCGAUAUCGCAAGAUGGCGUUGCGAAAGUUAUGGAUGUUCUUCUUGAUUGUUUGGCCGAUGAGAACGUCGAAGUAAGACAAACGGCCUCUAAAGUGUUCUCAGGAGUGGUCAGAUGCUCGCAGAGACAGAGCAUUAUUCCUCUCAAGAAUCGAUUUGUAUCACUGGCACGCAAAACUGUUCUUCCUCCGCGGCGGGAUCCUAGUUAUGCAGAAUCACUCAAGAUUCUUCAUUCCGCAAUCCUAGGGAUUUGUGCUUUGAUUGAAAGUUUGCCGUAUUCUGUAGAACCCUGGAUGCCAUCACUGACCGAAGUUUUGGCGCCUCAUGCCACCGAUCCUCCACCUAUUUCGACAACCAUUCGAAAGUGCGCGUCCGAAUUCAAAAAGGACACUUGGCAUAAAGACCAGCUUUUGUUUGAUGAGGACCAAUUGCAAAGUCUGUCCACGAUGCUAGUAGGAACAUCUUAUUAUGCUUGA